UAUCGGUACAGUGAUGAUGCGAUAAAAGAUACACUCACCGUUUUAAGGACCUUUCAAAACUUUAGAUUGGAUUUGUCAAAAUAUACGUAUAACGAUGGUAGAGAAAGUAGCUUGUUCUGCAUGGAUGGAACCAUUCCAGUUGUCUAUAAAGGAACGACGUAUAACAUUCCUAUUUGCAUCUACUUGGAAAAAAAUUACCCUCAUCAGAGUCCUAUUUGCUUUGUUCGCCCCACAAACUACAUGAUCCUCAAACAAACGAAAAUCGUGAAUGCUGACGGAAAAGUUAGCAUUUCGUACUUAUUAGAUUGGAGAUAUCCUCAGUCAGACCUAACUACGUUUCUGCAAGUAUUAUGCCUACAGUUCGCAGACGAGAUGCCUGUUUAUAGCAAGAAGGCCACGUCUUAUCCUUCACAAACAUCUCAACCUGGUUACUCGUCCUCUCUACAGUCUUCCUAUCCCCGUUACAGCAAUCCAAGACAACCUUAUCCUCCACCGAAUGUCAACCCCAAUGCCAAUCUUCCCUAUCCUCCAACCAGCUCUUAUGGUAUGCCACAGCCUGGCAACCCAAGUCCUUAUCCACCAGCUUCUAGUACUGCUUCCAUUUCAUAUCCUUCAUUUCCCUCGCCUCGACUCGGAGAUAUUAAUCCCUCAAAUGAACAAGUAAUGUAUCAGUCACUGUUAACAUCUGUUGAAGAGAAAUUAAAGAGGCGCUUAAACGAAGCUUUAGAAGAAGGCAAGACAGAAAUCGAAUCUCAAAUGCAUAUAGAAAAUGAAUUGAAGAAAAGUUCCACUAUUCUAGAAGACAAAUUAAAGCGGUUAAAGGAAGAAGAGGAUCAGGUUAGGGCUGAAAUCGAUACUAUGUCCACGAAAUUGAGUGAACUGCAUCAAAUUGAGUCUCGUGUCGGCACAGACCCAUCGAAACUUAACAUUGAUGAUGCUAUUAUUACGACUGCCCCAUUAUAUACACAAAUUCUUAAUCUGCAUACCGAGGAAUGUGCUAUAGAAGACACAAUUUAUUAUCUCGGGGAAGCUCUGAGAAGGGAGGUUAUCGAUCUAGAAAUAUUUCUUAAACAUGUUAGGUCUUUAUCGAGGAGGCAGUUCAUGCUAAAGGCUCUAAUUCGAAAGGCUAGAGCAACUGCUGGACUUCCUUAG